CGAGGACACGAUAUGAGCAAUGCACGUGGAGGAUUAAAGCAGCGAUUCUAGGAGUAUUAUAUCCACUCUCUGUGAUUAAAGUGGUAGAACCAUUGACAUUGUGUGUAGAACUAGGAUCUGUCUGGAAAAGGUUGUGCAGGAUACGGAUUUUUUUUUGUUCUUCAAAAGCGCUCUGUAUGUCAAAUAUGCUAAGAACAAGUUCCUCUCAUGAGAAUUUGAGCGGUAUUAAAACGGGUCACCAAAAGGCCUCGUUUGAAUGAUAUUUAAAGUAGACUACUGAAUGUAGCACAAUAUGAUUAUGCCUGGUGAAAGAAUAAAUUAUGUUCUGCUUUUCUCUCAGUUGUUCUCCACUAAAGCAUGCUCAAACCGUGUACUUAAAGUGAAUUGGGUUGACCAAAACAAAGGAAAAUGCGACGAUAAUGUUCCAGAGAAUACAGGAAGGACCUUUGUUUUGAAGCAUAUCAGUCAUGUUACCCGGAAGUUUUGAUUGCACUGGGUGAUCUGACAUCUCUGUUGCGCAUCAGAAAUAAUCAAAGCAUUGGGAAAUAAGGUUCUUUGAUCAAGUCUGUUCUUUGCAAAGGUAUGAGAGUUGUUACUCUCGUGGUAUAGAAAUGUGGGAGAAGGAAAGUGAACUUAGAAUUCAUUUUACCCCGGGGCAUGUCGAAUUGACGAAGGUAAGCGUUUUCGUAUUUGGUGGUGAUGCUCCAUCAAUGGCACGUGCGUGUUGGGUAACUAACCACAAUGAUGUUCUGUAGUAGACCCAAUUGCCAGUAUGAGUAGACCCUACCUCGGCCUAACCACAAGGUCUAUUUAAAUAUUGGAACACCUAUGUUUACGAUGAUAUCAUGGGCGGGGAAAGCCCUGACUGUUCUCCUGCAAAAUACUACGCUACUUGUAAGGACUACAGGAGAUGCUGAGGAAAAAACAGAGAAUGUGGCCAUUCCACACAGGCGUGUGCUGGUGACAGGUGCCACAGGGCUGCUUGGCAGGACCGUCUACCAAGAGUUCCAGAACAAUGCCUGGGACACUCUGGGCAGUGGCUACUCAAGGGCACGGCCGCGCUUCUUCAAGUGCAAUCUACUAGAUGAGGAGGCCCUGAAGUCCCUAAUCCAGCAAUUCCAGCCACAUGUGAUAGUGCACUGCGCUGCGGAGAGGAGGCCUGAUGUGGUGGAGCGCCACACUGAAGCUGCUGUCAACCUUAACGUUCACACCUCGGCCACCCUGGCCAAGGAGGCAGCGGGUAUCUUCCUCAUCUACAUCAGCACUGAUUAUGUGUUUGACGGCCGGAACCCCCCCUAUGGAGAGAACGACGCCCCCAACCCCUUAAACCUGUACGGCAAGUCCAAGCUGGAGGGCGAGAGGGAAGUGCUGAGGCAUAACCCAGGAGCGGCCAUCUUGCGGGUCCCCAUCCUGUACGGGGAGGUGGAGCAUGUGGACGAGAGUGCGGUGACGGUGCUGUGGGAGCGUGUGCAGGAGGGGGCGGAGAGCUGCACCAUAGACCACUGCCAGCAGCGCUUCCCCACCUACUGCAGUGACGUGGCCCGCGUCUGCCGACGCAUGGCCGAGAGACACAUGCAGGAGCCUUCACUGCAGGGCAUCUUCCACUAUUCUGGCAAGGAACAGAUGACCAAAUAUGAGAUGGCAUGUGCAAUAGCGGACGCAUUUAACCUGCCCAACAAUCAUCUCAUACCGCUUACAGAGCAGCCUGCGGGUGCUGGGGCUCAGAGGCCCAACAACGCCCAGCUGGAGUGCUCUCGGCUGGAGCUCAUGGGGCUGAGUGUGGAGCCCACGCCCUUCAAGACGGCCAUCAGGGAUGCACUCUGGCCCUUCCUCCAGGACAAGCGCUGCCGCCAGACCGCCUUCCACUGAGGGAGGGCCCCCACAGGCACCACUGAGGGCCACACACCGUCUCACUUAAGGACCUGAAGAAGUCCAGAAUACCGGCCUCCACUGAGGGCCACAGACCAUCCAGACCACAACACAUGACUACAGGGGGCCUUUAGACCAGAGCACCUUCCAGUGAAGGCCACACACACUAGACCAGACCGCACCUUACACAGCACAUGACAAAAGGAGGCCACAGACCACAAAAUACAUCUCACAACAGGGUCCAGUCCACAGAACCAGAGCACCUUCCUUUUUACUGAGGGUACACUCAACUCUGCACUGUAGAGAGAGCAGUAGAGAAAGUAUUCCCACAAUACAGCAGUUUAGUUGAAGCUGUGGUUACAGGAAUGAGGUUAUCAGUUGUGUCUGUGCUUGCACAGUGCUUUUUUUCCCCACACUCUCUUCUUCUUUGGACUUUCCUAUGGUUUCAUGCGGACAUGCACAUAGACUACUUUGGAUUCCUUUUUUAUUGAUGUGUGCUGUCUGUAGAAUGAUAAAAUCCAUUUCCAGUUUGA